AUGGUGCAGACCAUGCUUCCAAAGUCAUGGAGAGCCAUGAAAUUCUACUUCACUACGGUGUAUCAAGAAAUAUGGGUUGGCGUAGCAUUAACAGCUUAUGUCUAUUACAAAAUUUCGUAUGGUG